UGGUAUGCGGUAGAACCCUAAACCCGAAUUUUCCCAAGGGAGCUUACCCAUUUCUCCAACACUCGACGCUUUCACAGGAAUGUCGAAAUGGUGGCGUGCGGUGGCAACCACCGCCGGAGGUCUAAGGUCGACGGAGGUAACUAGCAGGAGAUCGUAUUUUACAAUUCAAGCGAUCCCUAGGGAGGUAAGCGGAAGAAGAGUUUCCAGUAGGGACCGAGCCCAAGGUCGUAUUCCUGCCGUUGUUUUCUCACAGAACUACGUCCAGUCAAAACCUGAAGAUCCAACUUCCAUUGUCGCCUCAAGUUCUAUUUCUCGAAAGUUCCUCCUUACAACUGAAAGGAAGCAGAUUAAAACGAUCAUUGAUUCGGUUGAUCUCCCUUUCUUUUGUUCGACAAUCUUCCCUCUUCAGAUUAGAGCUGGUUCGGGCUCGUCAACUUUACUGGAAUCUGGAAAAGUACUGCCCAUUAAGAUUCAUAAGGAUGAAGGGACUGGUAAGAUAUUGAAUUUGGUCUUUGUAUGGGCAGAAGAUGGAACAAAAUUAAGGGUCGACGUGCCUGUUGUGUUCAAAGGGGAGCACGAGUGCCCUGGUCUCAAGAAAGGUGGUUAUCUAAACAAGAUUAGACCUUCCCUAAAGUUCUUGUGCCCAGCCGAGAAUAUACCUCAAAAAAUUGAGGUGGACAUAAGUCAGCUAGAUGUUGAAGACAAAGUGUCCCUGCAUGAUAUCGAUGUUCAUCCAACUUGGAAGCUCUUAAGCAAGAAUGAGGCCAUCCCUGUUUGUAAGGUUAAGGCGACACCAGUUGAUAGCUAAUUUUGUCGAUGCUAUUUUUCAACUGGCAGAUGCAUCUGAAGUCCAUUAGUUCAACAUUGUCUGUUCUAAUUUGACCUGGUUUCGUAGUGGUGUAUAUGGACACGGUCAAAAGACAUUAGAAGCUUUUACUAUAUUGUAGUAGUAAAAUUGCUAUUUUGGGACUUGUUCUAGAAUAAUGAACUUGUGCAUUAAUGAGUAAAUGGAAAAUGCAACUGCAGUCUUU